AUGAAAUAUAGCGUUAAUGGCGAUGAAUAUCAUGAACUUCAAAAGAAAUUUUAUAAAGUGAAUCAAGUGAUCUAUAGGGUCGCCUUGGAUGUGAAGAGUCUCUUGUGGGAAGGUUCUGUGCACGCGAAUCAAAAGAAAUCAGGCAGCCAAUCACAGGAAGGAGCGUUUGGUGGGCGGGGCUUGACGUUUCCCAGACCCUCUUUAGCAGUAACCAUUGUCCCGGAGACUCAUACGGGCGCUGCAGUGCUCGUCAGCGCCACCAUGGUCGGGGAACUACGCUCUUUGCGUCGCGUCCGAUGGCGUCUGUUCUUGGCUUCAGUCCUCCUGGUGGCUCGAGCGGCGGCGGAUACUGCUUAUUCGUACAUCAAACUAGAAGGCGUCAUUCCUCAGGGUACUGUCGUCGCUACGAAAGUGGUCCCGACUCGGCUUGGGUGCAGCGCCGUGUGCGUGAGUGUGGGUUGCCAAGCCUACACUCUCGAGGAAUUGCCCGAAGAAGGCCUACUGUGCACCGCCCUCAGCCCCGUCUACGAACUCACAUACGUUCCUCUAAACUCGGACCUUCGCGUGUACUCAACGCAAGAACGCCUGUCAGCCCUCACGACGACCACCACCCCCCCUCCCACCUGCUUAGACGACUUCAUCGCUUCAUGCUAUCACAUCCUAGACGGUCCGUCGGGGUCGCUUGUGGUCACGUCCGCCACGUACUACACGAACAGCCAGAACUGCGCCUGGCGAGUCGUCGUGGCCGCGGGCUUCCGUGUCCAGCUGACUUGGGACUCGUUCUCGCUGGAAUCCUGCUGCGACUCGGCCUUCGUGGCGGACCCCUGCGACGGCGGGACCGCGUACACGUGGACGAAACACACAGGCAGCUCGAUCCCGCCGUCCACAACCUCGAAGGGAAACGAGAUGGUUAUCAAGUUUCAGUCAGAUGGCUCCGUCAUAUACCCAGGCUUCACUCUCCAAUACGUAGCCGUGUAAUGAAGCUCCGAGCUGCGGUUUCGAACGCAUGCUUCGCUCUAGGGGGAGAAUUUCAGGAGAAUUUUAUAAAGAGAACGUAAUUGGCCUCGGAAUAAGUUUGUAAAAAAUGUACUUGAUUGACAUAUAUAGAUGAUAUCGACAGCUGGUUAGUUAUGGUAGAGUAAACCUUUUUUUUGAAGUUAUAUUGUGUA